AAAAAAAUCAUAAACACUAAGUAAAUUAUACAAAUUCUAGUACGGUGAGUCCAUACUAUUCUCAUAGUGAUUUAAAACCAAUUCCACAAAACUAUACAUGUGGUGGACCGAUUCUGUCGACACCUUAUUGUAGUUUUCUCAUUUUAUUGUUUAAUAGAGCAUUGAAUUCAGAAUUUGAAGAGUGUUUAUAUAUAUAUAUACACAAAUAUAUAUCCAUGUUUACAGAAACGACAUUCAAUCUUUUAAACUUAUUGAGCUUGCUUGCCGACUAGACUUCAAUCAUCAUCAUCCUCAUGUUGCCGACUUAUUGAACUUGCGAAGAUGAUCUAAACGAAGCACUCCACUUGAGAGAGAUUUUGGCAUCUUAUCAUCUUCUUCUGGCAUUUCGUCGGAAAACACCUCCACCUGCCGGCCGUCCCCGACCGCCGCCCUAGUCUCCGUCCACCACUCUCGACCAUUUACAGGUAUUAUGGAUAUUCCAUUACCACUUAACAAAUUAGCUCUGCAUUUGAUUGAUCAUGAUGCCAAGGACAAGACAUAUGUGGUUCUUGUUGCCAUGGGAAGUUUCAAUCCCCCUACAUUUAUGCAUUUACGCCUUUUUGAAUUGGCAAGAGAUGCACUGAAUUCAGAAGGCUUUUGUGUUAUUGGAGGUUAUAUGUCACCUGUUAAUGAUGCGUACAACAAGAGGGGUCUUAUAUCUGCAGAGAAUCGUAUACGGUUGUGUCAACUUGCCUGCGAAAGUUCUGACUUUGUAAUGGUAGAUCCAUGGGAAGCAAAACAAAGUUCCUAUCAACGUAGUUUAACCGUCUUAUCAAGAGUCAAAAGUUUCCUAUCUGAGAGCAAGUUGAUUCCCAGAGAAUCCCUCAAGGUCAUGAUUGUCUGUGGUUCUGAUCUACUCCAUUCUUUUUCCAUUCCCGGGAUUUGGAUUCCCGAGCAGGUCAGGGCCAUAUGUAGCGAGUAUGGCGUGGUUUGUAUUCGCAGAGAAGGACAAGAUGUUGAGAAAACUGUCUCAGAUAAUCAACUUUUAAAGGAGAACAGGGGUAACAUAAGAAUUGUGGAUGAAGUUAUACCAAACCAAAUAAGUUCAACAAGACUAAGGGAUUGUAUUUCAAGAGGUUUGUCCAUAAAAUAUCUGACUGGGGAUGAAGUGAUUGAUUAUAUAAAAGAAAAUCAUCUUUACAUUAACUCAUCUUCCUGAUAUGGUCAAAGUAGAAUCCUAAAAUUGAGUCUGUUUAUUUAUAAUGGUUUUACUCCUUAACCUUUUUUAAAUUGAUAGUAAGAAAAAAUUUGUACAAUAAAUCUUAUUGAACAUUCCAUUAUUGUUCUGGAUACUUAUAUAGCAAUUGCUAUAUUUUGCAAUUUCUUUGAAAGGAUUAGUAGGCAGAAAUUGUAAAACUCAACUACCUUCUUAUAUAUGAAUUGAGUUGAGUAGUAUAGUGAUAAGUAGUUUUAAUCAAUGCAUUAUUAAAGAAAUAUUUCUACUA